AUGCCUUCUCCCCAAGUUGUGACAUUUUCCUUACCGGGACAAAAGCCCGACACUCGGAUCACCAUUUUUCAGCUCAAAGAAUUGCGAGUUCACUCUAGUAUUCUGAAGCUAUAUUCCGCUUACUUCCGGAAGUUUAUGGACUCUCCUGACAAGGAACCGGCUCCUUCCAGCGCAGCGUGGAAAUAUGAUUGGACUGCAAAGGUUGAGGAAGAUGGUAGCUGGUACGUUGUUGAAAGAAAAGGUCAAGAAUUCAAGAAGCAACGGGGUGCAACCAGUUGUGGUGAUCUGGAUAUUAUGGCCUUUGAAAAUAUCAUCAUGAGCAUGUACCAAAAGCCUUACGAAAUUACAAGCACAGAGCAUCUGCAAGAGAUUACAACCUCAGCCGAUUUCUAUCGUUGUCUACCCGUGGUAUCAAAUUCUCUCUACUCAGCUUUCUUCCGCAGCCCGGAGUUUCUUGCCAGGAUAAAAGAUCAUAGGGAGAUGUUGCUAGAAUUGUCAUGUAAACUAAGACAUCGCGAACUUUUCAACGACUGUCUCGUUCUGAUUUCUGGGUAUUGGCCUCCCAACCAGCUACCAUUCAAGACAACAAUAGAGGAUAAAAGACUUGCAAGGCUGGUCGAGAACUUACAUAACCGAGUGGGAACAACCCUCGCGAGAAUUAUACAGAACGUACUUGUGAAAAAAUCCGCGCUAGAAGCUGGAGACUUUCUGAAAGCUGCGGUAUUAGGUUCCCAAGGCUCACUUGUAAGAUACCACGUGAGACUGCAGAAAUCUCUUCACCUCUCGGAUAUCCUAAACGAUAUCACCAAGAACAACCUCAAGUUGAAUACUUCUGCAGUAGCUGGAGUGGGGGAAUAUAUUCACAACUUUCUUUACAUUGAAUUGAAGGAGGAAGAUAUUCCUUGGGAUACAACUGAGACCGACUGGUAA